AUGAAAUAUAAAAAAAUUUUUUUAGGAAACAAAAGGAGAAUAGUGGACAACAAAAGCCCUUUUUCAAUGUGGGCAAAUGAAAUAAACAUAAAUACAAUGCUUGAAAAAGAAGAAAGUAUUCAAUUGGCAAACUUCAUUGAGAAUGCCCCUAAUAAUUUAUACAAAUUUUUUUAUUCCGAAUAUCUUUCAAAUAAUGAAAAUAUUCGGAAUUUGCUACAAGAAUAUUUUAUGAAUGGACAAUUAAUUAAUCAACAAAUUGGGGAUGAAUAUCACCCUGAACUAGUUGAAAUGGUCGAGUAUAGAGGAGUAAAAAUUCCAUCACAAGAUCGACAAGUGAAUGAUUUUUAUUUAUAAAUAAGAAAACUUCAAGUAGAUAAAUUCAUCAAUAUAAAUUUUAGACUAUUCUCCAAAUGAUACCGUAUUUGAUCACCAAAUUCCCAUAUCCUCAAUCAUAUCCAAAUUCCCAUAUUAUCCACCUCAAAUCUUUUUAUUCCUCCUUUAUCUCUUAUAUCCCUUGACUCAUCCUUAAUUCAUUCAACACCAGUUUAUCGCCCAAUAUCAAUCAAAGUACAUACUUAUACCCUCAUAAUCUCUAUAUAUCCCCUUAAUUUUUAUUUUAAUAGAUUCUUCUUC